CCUGAAUCUUCUAUUGACCUUCUCUGCCGGAAGAGGCGGGCGUGGUUACUCCCAGUUAAAGAUGGCUGCUGUGAUGGAAAAGUUCAGGAAAUAAAACAGGUGGAAGUUCUGUAUCUAGAUAGGCGUUAAAGCAAACUUGAAUAUUGAGUAUUUGUAAAUAUUCUUUUUUUUUUACUCAGGAAUAAACAGAGGCCUUAUAUAAGAAGAUAGGAAACUGAGAUACGUUUUAUUUGUUUUUUUUUUUUUUUUUAGUUCAGGUACAGAUUUGAUUAAAAAAAAUAUCCAAGGAGGAGGAUCACACUUUUGUUAGGUUUGAUUUCUUUAUAAAAUCUUUUAUUGAAAUGUGUUUUUAGUACUUUAAACUGACAACUUUAUAUAGCGGAACGAUUUCACUGUCGAUGUUUUUAGUGCAGGCAGGAGUUGUGUUCAAGACAAAUAUUUAACAAAUAAAUACUUCCUUUUCGAAAUAUAUAAAUAAAUAUAUGAAAAGCUAUUCUACCACCACUAGAAGAAGAUAACAUAUUGGGGAAGUGUUUUCUUUUCACGGACAAAAGCUAAACUGGAGCAUAAAAAGUUGUGAUAGAUAUUAUUGUACCUGCUGCAGUUUCAAAUAUUUUAGCCCUGGAUUUUUAUUUAUUAAAAAACAAACAAAAAAAAAUCAACUCCAGCCUCUCAUUCCAAGGACUUUUGCAAACGACGCUUUUCUGAAAAGCCGUCAACAAAGAAAAACUCCCUACAAAGAGGGCCAAGGACAACAAUAAAAUACAGUGAACUUUCUUCUGCAUCAGAAACAUACUGAGAACGAAACGAAUUUAAAUCAAAUAAUACCUUGGAAAAAAAACAAAUAAAACAACGAAGCGCAUAGCUUUGGACAAUAACAAUAUCCACAUACUUUUUGCCAGAAAAGGAUAUCAUUUUAAAAAUAGUACCCCAAGAAGUCAACAUGAGCGAGUCCAACGUGAAGGUGGCUGUUCGUGUUCGUCCUAUGAACAGAAGAGAAAAAGACCUAAAAACAAAAUGUGUGAUAGAGAUGGAGGGGAACCAGACCAUUCUGCACCCUGCAAACACAAAUCUCAGCAAGGGAGAUAACAGGAGCCAGCUGAAGGUGUUUGCCUAUGACCACUGCUUCUGGUCAAUGGAUGAGUCUGAGACAGAUACAUUUGCAGGUCAAGAAGUGGUUUUCCAGUGCCUUGGUGAGAGUUUGCUACAGAAUGCCUUUCAGGGAUACAAUGCCUGCAUCUUUGCCUAUGGCCAAACAGGUUCAGGGAAGUCCUAUACAAUGAUGGGUUCAGUGGACCAGCCAGGCCUGAUCCCACGACUCUGCAGUUCACUUUUUGACAGAACUCUGCAUGAACAAAGGGAGGAGGAGAGCUUCACUGUAGAGGUGUCCUUUAUGGAAAUCUACAAUGAGAAGGUCCGAGAUCUCCUUGAUCCCAAAGGGGGCCGCCAUUCUCUGAAAGUGAGGGAGCACAAGGUUCUGGGUCCCUAUGUGGAUGGUCUCUCUCGGCUUGCAGUGGCAUGUUUUAAGGAUAUUGAGUCCCUGAUGUCGGAGGGGAACAAAUCUCGCACAGUGGCCGCUACCAACAUGAAUGAGGAGAGCAGCCGCUCACAUGCUGUCUUCAACAUCAUCCUCACACACACUCUGUGUGACUUGCAGUCAGGGACAGUAGGUGAGAAGGUGAGCAAGCUGAGCUUGGUGGAUCUGGCCGGUAGUGAGCGGGCAGCCAAAACUGGGGCUGCUGGAGAGAGACUGAAAGAAGGGAGCAAUAUUAAUAAGUCCUUGAGCACACUAGGGUUGGUUAUCUCUGCUCUUGCUGAGCAAUCUUCUGGGAAGAACAAGAACAAGUUUGUUCCUUACAGAGACUCUGUGCUUACUUGGCUACUCAAGGACAGCCUUGGUGGCAACAGCAGGACAGCGAUGGUGGCAACAGUUAGCCCAGCUGCUGAUAACUAUGAUGAAACACUGUCUACUUUACGGUAUGCAGACAGAGCCAAAAGCAUAGUCAACCACGCUGUGGUAAAUGAGGACCCCAAUGCCAGGAUCACCCGACAGCUGCGUGAGGAAGUGGAGAAACUGCGCGAGCAACUCACAGAGGCUGAGUCAAUGAAAGCUCCAGAACUGAAAGAUCGUCUAGAGGAGUCUGAGAAGCUAAUCCAGGAGAUGAUGGUAACCUGGGAGGAGAAACUACGCAAAACAGAGUCUAUUGCACAGGAGCGUCAAAAGCAGCUGGAAAGCCUGGGAAUCUCCUUGCAGUCCUCGGGUAUCCGUGUUGGAGAGGACAAGUGCUUCCUGGUCAAUCUAAAUGCUGAUCCAGCCCUCAAUGAGCUCCUAGUCUACUACUUGAAAGAUAACACAUUAGUCGGAUCUGCUGAUUCCCAGGAUAUUCAACUCUGUGGGAUGGGAAUCCAGGCUGAACACUGUGUUAUAGACAUUACUUCGGAAGGGCUGGUCAUCCUUUCGCCACACAGCAACUCAAGAACCUGUGUGAAUGGAUCGCCAGUGACCAGUCCAGUGCAACUCCAUCAUGGAGAUCGGAUUCUAUGGGGGAAUAACCACUUUUUCAGGAUUAACCUCCCAAAGCGUAGACGGAGAGAAGAUGAAGAGGGCAUGAUGAAGAGCAGCAGUGAGCAGUUAGACAGGGAUGGGGACACUAACAGCGAGGUCUCUAGCGAGGUCAGCUUCAGCUACGAGUUUGCACAGACAGAGGUCAUGAUGAAAGCUCUGGGCAACAAUGACCCAAUGCAGUCGAUUCUUCAGAGCCUGGAACGGCAACACGAAGAGGAGAAGCGCUCUGCUCUUGAGAGGCAGCGAGUGAUGUACGAGCAGGAGCUGGAGCAGCUGAGGAGACGCCUCUCCCCUGACAAGCAUCAGCAUUACCGCAGCAUGGAGCGCCUCUCCACAUCCUCUCCCAAUGCACAGCAGAGACUCCGCCAAUGGAGUGAGGAGAGAGAGGCCAUGCUGACACGCAGCCUGCGUAAGCUGAGGGAGCAGAUUGUGAGAGCAAACCUGUUGGUUCAGGAGGCCAGCUUCAUUGCAGAGGAGUUGGAAAAGAAAACUGAGUAUCGUGUCACCUUGCAGAUACCUGCAGCCAAUCUCAAUGCCAACAGGAAGCGUGAUGCAGUGCUGAGUGAACCAGCCGUGCAGGUGCGCAGGAAGGGGAAGGGGAAGCAGAUCUGGGCUCUGGAGAAAAUGGAGAAUCGCCUGGUGGACAUGCGAGAUCUCUACCAAGAGUGGAAGGACUACGACGAGGAUAAUCCUGUGAUGCGUUCCUACUUCAAGCGAGCAGACCCUUUCUUUGAUGAACAGGAGAACCACAGCCUUAUUGGAGUGGCUAAUGUGUUCCUUUCGUGCCUCUUCUGUGAUGUUAAGCUGCAGUAUGCAGUGCCCAUAAUCAACCAAAAAGGAGAGGUGGCAGGGAGGUUGCACGUGGAGCUGUUCCGAGUCAGUGGGGAUCUCCAGGAAAGGGUGGCUGGAGGAGACGAUGGCUUGGAGAAUUGCAGUGAGGGUGAACCACAGGAGCACAAGCUUGUAUGCAUGAUUAGGAUCCUUCAAGCCACAGGCCUGCCGCAGUACUUGUCUAAUUUCGUGUUUUGUCAGUACUCAAUCUGGGACGAGUCCGAACCAGUAAUGGUGGCCCCAGAGGUGGACCCCUCUGCAUCGUCCCCAACCAGUAAAGAUCCACACUGUAUGGUUGUCUUUGACUACUGCAAGGAGUUUGCUGUCACUGUAACAGAAGACGUCAUUGAGUACCUGACUGAGGGUGCUCUGGCCAUUGAGGUGUAUGGACACAAGCACACAGACCCACAGAGAAGCCCUGCACUCUGGGACCUGGGCAUCAUCCAGGCCAAGACACGUACCCUCCGGGACAGGUGGAGCGAGGUUACUCGUAAAGUGGAAUUGUGGGUCCAAAUCCUGGAGUUGAAUGAGAAUGGAGACUACAAUCCCGUUGAGGUUGUUCCUGCACCGGAUGUUCACACCGGGGGAAUCUUUCAACUCCGACAGGGUCAAUCGCGGAGGAUCCUGGUAGAAGUGCGAUCAGUGCAGGACUCUGGCACCAUGCCUCUCAUCGCUGAAUCAGUCCUUGGUAUUGCUGUGGGCUGUGUUGAGAUUCGUCAGGCUCGGCCUGCCAAGUCACAUAAUUCUCAUCAGGUGGUAGAUGAUGAAAUGGAUAGUUAUCAGGACAGGGAUCUGGAGAGGCUGAGGCGGCAGUGGCUCACUGCACUAACAAAACAGCAAGAAUAUCUGGAUCAGAAUUUGCAGAAACUAGCCAGCAAGCCAGAUAUGUCUGAGGAUGAUGCAGACCGGGAAUCCCAGCUUUUGGAGCGCCGACUGACACUGACGGAGGAGAGGAAUGCAGUGAUGGUGCCGUCCGCAGGCAGUGGCAUACCUGGAGCUCCCGCAGAGUGGAUUCCAUCGCCUGGAAUGGAAACACACAUUCCUGUUCUCUUUCUUGACCUGAGUGAGGAUGAUUUCAGCUCACAGGAUAACCUGGACGAGCCUGAGGCAGGCGGCUGGGAUGCCACAUUAACUGGCGAGGAUGAAGACGAAUUCUUUGAGCUGCAGAUUGUUAAACAUGAUGGAGAGGUGAAGUCCGAGGCCUCCUGGGACUCGACAGUCCAUGACUGCCCCCAGCUGAGCCGCGGAUCACCCCCAGACCAGCGAGUCUACUUGAUAGUGAAGGCAGUGGUGCAGCUCAGUCAUCCUGCCGAAAUGCAACUGGUUCUGCGCAAGCGCAUCUGUGUAAAUGUCAGCGGCCGACAGGGUUUUGCCCAGAGUUUCCUGCGAAGAAUGUCUCAUCGAAGUACCAUUCCAGGCAGCGGAGUCACCUUUGAAAUUGUCUCUAACAUCCCUGGGGAUACCCAUGGCUCGGAGGACUGCGAGAUGCUGGCUCGACUAGCAGCGAACGUGAAGAACGCAGAGUCUGCUGACACAGAAGUCGCGAUUGAGAAGUACUUGCGCAGUGUGCUCGCUGUGGAAAAUAUUCUAACACUGGAUCGGCUGCGUCAGGAAGUUGCUGUAAAGGAGCACCUGGCUGGCAAAGGGAAGGGAAACAGACGUAGCCUCAGCUCUCCAAAUGUGCAUAGGCUGUCUGGAAGUCACCAUGAUCUGUCACCAAACUACCAUCUGGAAGAUAACAAGGGUCGUUGGGAGAGUCAGCAAGACAUCUCGUUUGGCUCACCACAGUUCAGCCGUACACACACUGCAGUGAAACGUGCCUCUUUCACUGGGAAUGCAGAGCAGGAAGCAGGUAUGUCUGGACUGGCUGCCUCUUACCUCUGUCCAGGAAAGUCCCUGGUUCCUCAGAUGCCCAAGCUGCUGAAGUCCCUUUUCCCAGUGCGAGAUGAGAAGAAAGAGUUGAGGCCGUCUCCCCUUGCCCAUCAGCCAGUGCCUCUUAUCAUGGUGCAGUCUGCGAGCAUGGAUGAGAGUCCUUCUCAAACCAGACAGGUGCCUAAAGAAGAGAAUGUCUCCCUUAUGGGAUCUGUUUCAUUAUUGGAGAGAGAAUUGAAAAACCCCAAAGUGCUUGCGCCUAAAGUGACCCCUGAUUUACUGGAAUGGCUCCCCAGCCCAAUGAGUGAGGCAUCCAGCGGUUACAUCUCCCACAGCGUUUCUACAGCAACACUCUCUGAUGCCUUUGCAGCAGAUGGUGACCUCACAAGUCCCAUAACCAAUCAGGUUCCUGUCAAGAGCAUCAGCACAACAAUUCAAGCAAGUCUAGAUAGUGAAACUACAGCCCUGACAACAAGUCAAAAGGAGGCUGUUCUGAGCAUAGACACUGAACAGAAAAUGGAGACACCCAUGGAAAAGCAGCCUGAAGUACAAAGAAAUAGUUUUACCCAAACUGAAAGUUUGGACCCUGUCUUCUCCAGCCACAAAGCUGAAAGCACAGAAGCACGGAAUUCAGACACUGAGACGAAACAAGAUAAAGUCCAACUUAAAUCAACAGGAACCAACCCCUUUAAGAUCCAGAAAGUGAAGACAUCAGACCUAAAAUCUUUUGCCCGCAUUCUUGGUAAUGAGGACACACCCCUUGAACCACCAACAGAAGGGAAGCAUGGGCAAGCUAGAGGAGCCAAAAUGUCUAGAGAGGCAGAGGGUGAAGCUACUCCUGCAUCAGGAGCAGAAUAUCUGCAAGUUGGAAGUGACAAGCCAGAGUGUAGACAAGUAGACAAGCUGGCAAUCACCUCUAACUCAGAAGAAGCAAGUGAGUGUGUCCCUAAUUGGCUGAAAGAGGGCGAGUAUGUGACAGUGGGGACCAAUAAAAGUGGUACUGUGCGGUAUGUGGGGCACACUGAUUUCGCAGACGGCAUUUGGGUUGGAGUCGAGCUAGACGUUCCUGCAGGUAAGAAUGACGGCUCGGUUGGCGGCAAGCAGUACUUCCGGUGCAAUGCAGGGUAUGGAGUGCUGGUGAGGCCAGACAGGGUGUGCCGAGCAAGCGGCACUGCCAAGCGCCGCAGCAACUUGUCAGGCUCCAAUCCUAACUUGUCUGCCCUAUCUGCCUUGGCUAAGGGGGAUGUGGGUGUGGGGCUGAGGGGUGGAGAACGACACGCCAGGAGAGCAGAUAAUCGGAAAUCCUGGAACAGCUGAAAUGAGACUGGGACAGGGGUACCUCCAGCAUCUUUACAAGUCUAGUCGCAAUCUAACUUUGAGCUCUCGUACUACAUGUGUGCCACUGAGGAAUAGAAGUCAGACCAACAUUCUGCAAUGGUUUGUGAUUAUGAAUUGGAUGUACUAUUGGGAAUUCCAUGCACACCUGGAAUGUCCAGUUGAUCGCUGCCUCUACCCUACUCUAGAAAAGCUGCUCAGGAGCCACAACAGGGAACUCUGUUCUGUUUGUUUUUAGCCAAUGUGGGAUCGGCAGGCUUUAAAAUGCUUUAUUAAAUCGUGAAGCUCAGGGAUUGGUCUGCAGGUAAUGCUGGUAAUAAAGGUGUGCUUUAAUAGGGGAUGGGGGGUGGAGGGUGCUUAUUGUAUACUAAUGUGAAAAGUGCUGGCGGAGUGGUUGUGAGUAGUUCCUGUCGUGAGUGUCCAUAUCAUCAACCAAAAUAGCUGAUUGAACUAUUCAAUAAAAUCUUCAGCUCUCGAUACAGAAUGGUUGAUGCUAUUAGGACCAAGUUUCCAAUGUAUUCACUGUGAUUUGCAUACCAGUGGUACACUACAAAAAAAUGUGCUGGUAGAUAUAAACUACUGCAGAGACUACACUUAAUUAAGAAUCACGUGUUAAAAUAGAUUUUGUUUGAUCGUUUGAUUUUUUUCUAUACCACAAAGUAGGUGGAAGGCUUUUGUAUGAAUUAACAAUUCCUGAUAUCACAUUGCUACACCGGAUUCCGAAAAACCUUCUGCCUUGCCUUCCCAAAGCAUAGUGCCCACAUUUUAAAAUGUAAUGUGGCAGUUGAUUGUUUUAAAUAUUAUUUUAAUGAUGUGUACAUGUUAAAUGUCAUAGUGUUUUUAAAGUGUCCUGCAUACAAAUCUGCAUUCCAUUUCUUUGAUUUUUAAAAUACACUAUUUUGUGUAUAGUACAGUGGUUUCUGAGAGCAAUCCCUAAAUAUAUAAAGUAUUACACUCAUAUUUAUCAGGUCACCUUAGUGGCUAUCUCAGUAUCAUGCUAAAGACAAAACAAAACCUAAUAUAUUUUCAAAGCUUUUUCAAGAAGUCACAAACUACAACUACAACUGUAAUUAACUGUAAAUGGAAAAUGUGUAUGUGUCAGCUACAAGAGAAAUGUACUAUACACGCUUUCAGGUUUGAGUGAUUGUGACUCGUUUUCAAGUGCCUCGACAAUCUGGGCCCGCAGAGCUGGAACCAACUGUUUAAUUGGUAUAGCAGGUAGUGAGUGACACCAGGAGCUCAUUGCAAGGAGGUAUUGUAUAUAGACUGUCUCAAGGUGCUGACCUUGGUGAUUGGGAGACUGGGAGACUGUCCUCACUGAGAAAAUGGGUAAACUAGACACCUAAGCACAUAUAUAUUAAUAAAUGUGCCCACAUGCAAAGAUCCCCAUUUUUGCACACACACAGAUUUGUACGUGAACAUGCAUGCGCACAAAUGCACAUGUAGAUGGAAAUUUGCACAGAUAAAAUCACUUCCCCAUUUAAUUAUUUACAAGGUUAUUUUUGGAUUUAAACUUUACAAGUGAUAUCAUCCAAUCUUAAUCGCCUGCACACCCAUAACACACACUUGCAUGCAUAUAUAUAUAUAUAUAUAUAUAUAUAUAUAUAUAUAUAUAUAUAUAUAUAUAUAUAUAUAAUAUGCACUUUACAUGCUUUUACAUACACCUACUCUCAAAUUCACACGUAGAAGCAUUGUGCUACAUUAUUGGUGAGGACUAUUAAGAAUAGAUGUUUAAAUUAUUAUACAUACAAUUGUACAAUCCUCCACUAACAAAUGCACUAAAACAAAACAACAAACACAUAUAUGCAGUUAAAUUAAAAUAAAGUGUGUGAUUGGUUUGGGUGGGCAGGAUUGAGCCUGCCUGUAUAAUACCUUCUUGUGGAGUGUAGGCCUGCUGUAUACAAUCAGUUGUAUUUAAUACUUGUGGCCCAGAAUAUGCAGAUGCAGCCUGGCCUGUAUUAACAAAUAUUGCACUUCCAUUCAAAAAGUAGAUUUCAGUUGUUCAAUACUACUGUAUACCUAAUGUGAAGUAAAGAGCUUGACCUCUGUUUAGGUGCAAUCAGACCUACUGCUUUUAACAUUAAGCCCUAUAUGGCCUUAGAUGGUUUUGAGCAGUGGAGUUAAUUUUGAUCAAUCUUUUCUAUUUUAUAUAGACCAAGUUUUGUUGUGGGUUUUUUGGGGUGUUUUUUGUUUUGUUUUUUUGUGACUUGACAAUAUAGCUAGACAUACUGGCACCCUACACUUUAUAAGAACAUAUGUUAACUACAAGCAUUUAGUGAACAUUAGCCACUAAUUAACAUUGCAAAGACCCAACAUACACACUUGCUGGUAGUUAACAAACAAUCUUAUAAUAUAUAUAUAUUUUUUAAAGCGCUUAAGCCAUUUCAAAUAUUUGUUCAUGACAAAAGUAUUGACACCCCUGCUUUAGUAUUUUGUCAGUCCUCCUUUUGCUUUUAUUACGACUUUCAGAUGUUUAUGAUAAUUCUCCACCAGUAUGUUACAUCUUGUUGGUGAAAUCUGUGCCCAUUAUGUCUUGCAUAUUUCCUUCAGCUCAGACAGAUUGGAUACACAAUGCUUAGCUACAUCUUUUUUCAGAUCGGUCCAAAGCAUUUCUAUUGGAUUGCGAUCUGGUGAUUGAUGGCCAUUCCAGAACGUUUAUCUUUUGUUUUCUUCAAGAAUUCAAUAGUUGACUUAGCCGUAUGCUUUGGGGUUGUUGUCGUUUUGGGAGAUAAACUGUCUGCCAAUCAGCCUACAGGCUGCAUUAAUUCAAUCUUCAAUCACAUGAUUGUCUCCAGUCCCAGAACUGCUAAAAACACCCCCAUAUGAUCAAACCACCUCCAUGUUUUACGUAGGUACAAGGUUUUCUUCAUUUGAAGGCUUUCCCCAUUUUUCUCCAAACAUACUAUGGUCCAUUUUUGGUGGAAAAAUGUAUAUAUUAGACUCCUCAGACCAGAUAAUUCUGUUGAAUGCUUUAGAUUCCUGUUCAUAUAGACCUGCAGUGAGGUCUAUUUGUAUAUAACUGUUCUGUGUCUUUGUACAGUUCUUUCGUGCACUAUUAUGCCUGAUGUUUCUAAAUCUUUCUUUAAGUCCUUGGUUUCUAAUCUUGUUUUGUUUUUUUAGCUGCUUGGAUGAUUCUCCUACCUGCUGUACCUGUCAUUUUCUAUGGAUGUUUACUUCUUUCAAGCGUUUCAGCAGAAUUUGUUCUGUGGUACUUAUUGAUUAUUGCCUGGAUUUGUGGAUUUUGUUGUUCCAUAUUUCUUUUAUACUGUUCUGUAGCCAUUUCAUUUGUUGUAGUUUGCUAGGAGUGCUUUUCUCAAACGUGAAUCCAACUUCUUUGUCUUGACCUAUCAUCUGCUGAGUUGCCAAAAUGAUCAUCUUCAACAGAUUUUGGAAAUAAUUACCUAUUUUUCUGGUUAUUGACUUUACAAUGUGGCCUAGUUACUGUGUAAUGUUUUUUAAUCAAUAAAUAUAUUUAGUAAUUAGUUAUAUACAUUUUUACAGACUUUUAAUGUAAAGGUGCCAUUACUUUUGUCAUGAACAAAUAUUUGAAAUUGCUAAGUAUUUUUUUUUUUUUUUUUUUAUAAAGAUUGUUUGUUAAACUCAUAUUGUGUAUUUUUGUCUUUGUUAUAUUAAUUGGUGGCUAAUGUUCAAUAAAUGUUUGUAUUUAACAUGUUUUCUUGAAUUAUCUUACAGUAUAUUAAGUGUAGGGUGCCAAUACUUUUGUCUGGGACCUGUCAUCGUCUACUGCAGAACUGCCCACUCAAUUUGAAGUCAGGGUCUGCACCAGGCAAUGAAAGCUUUGCGAGAUGUUUUACCAGCUUUUAUAUACCAGCUUCUAAAUUCUGCUUGUGUGCCUGAUUGUCUUAGCUUUGUUUCAUUUUAUGAUAGGUGUGUAGGUUUGUACAUGUCUAUACGCAACAUAUCUAUACACAUAUAAAUAUAAAUGCACAAUUGCUAGAAUGAUUUAAAUCUUAACUGUUGUAAUUGUGUUAAAAUCCAAAGAAACUUGUGUAAGAAUGUAAAUUUAAAAUGAAUCUUGCUUUAUACUGUAAAAAAAAAAAAAACAUAUAUAAUUAAAACAUUAAGAUUUUUUUUAUGGUGAAA